AACCCUUUGAGCAAUUUUCCUUGUUCUUAUUUGCAAUUUACUUUAACUUGGAUUAGUUUAAGUAAUUUGAAGUUCCUAUGCUUUUCAUUCUUUUGGCUAAAGUUUGAAUGUGUUCUUAGGAGCCCUUAGAUUUGUUUCGUGGUGUAUCUGUAUCGAAGCAACCUUUGGCAAGCCAUUUUCAGUUUGAAAAAUCAACACAUACAUUUCAUUUUCCCCUUGUUAUAAAACCACUAAAAUCACAAAAACAAAUUCGUUAAACGGAAACAGCAAACUACGUGUGCUUAUAGCUUGGUUUUGUUUUGAGGCAUACCAAUCUAUAUCAUCUUGGUAUCAGAGCCAAGGCUACGCUCCGAGCCUUAAUUUCGUUCAUUCACAAAGCAUAACACCAUGUCUCAAAGUGGUGAAGGAGAAACAAGUGAUUUGAGCAGAAUUGUUGAAGAGCAAAAUGCCACCAUUAAAUACCUACAAACCCAACUUAAAGAGUAUCUAGACCUAAAACGCACCUUAAGGGAAGGUGGGAAUUAUGAGUCUGAAAGUCCUAAAGUUAGUAGGCAAACAAGCCGUGGAGAUGAUCUUAGAGUCGACAUUCCAGAAUUUGAAGGAAGAUUAGAUGGAGAUGAGUUCCUUGAAUGGGUAAGAACCGUUGAAAGAUUAUUUGAUUACAAGAAUACGGAUGAAGAAAAGAAGGUAAAGAUAGUAGCAUUAAAAUUGCGCAAAUAUGCUUCUACUUGGUGGGCUAGCAAAUGUGCAAAACGAGAAAGAGAAGGGAAAGACAAGAUUAGAUCAUGGGAAAAGAUGAAGAAGCAAAUGAAGGAAAAGUUUCUGCCUUCAUACUACAUGCAAGAGAAUUUCACCAAACUUCAACAUCUACAACAAGAUGGCAGGAGUGUAGAAGAGUAUGGUCGAGAGUUCGAGACAAUGAUAAUGAGGUGCGACCUUAAGGAGGAUGAUCACCAAACUUUGGUAAGAUUUUUAAAUGGUUUAGAUUCAAAAAUCAGAAACAUUGUUGAAUUACAACCUUAUGCUUGCCUUGAUGAUUUAAUUAACCUUGCACAUAAAGUUGAUAAACAACAAAGAACUAAAAUGAAGGAAACCUCACGUUUCACUUCAGCAAGAACUACCAAUUUCAAUUCCUACCAAAAGAACACUCCUCAUUCCUAUUCUAAAGCCCAUUCGCAAGAUUCAAAAGCUCUGCAAAACAAUAACUCAAAGCAGCCCCUAAGCAUGCCCAAUACACCCAAACCAAACACCAAUUCAUUCACACCUAGGAGAUGUUUUAAGUGUCAAGGCCUAGGACACAUUUCCUCCGAAUGCCCAAACCGAAAAAUGGUGAACUUGGUUGAGUUUGAAGAUCAUCAAGAAGAAAACGUGGAGGAUUUCGUUGACAAUGAAGAACUGGAUGAGGAAAUGAUAUAUCCGGAUGAAGGAGAACUACUGGUCAUGCGGAGAGCUCUCAGUGGGGUCAAAGCCAAAGAUCCAAACCAACAAAGGGAAGCAAUAUUCCACACAAAAUGUACGGUUAAAGGUAAGAUCUGUUCGCUUAUCAUUGAUGGAGGAAGUUGCACUAAUGUCGCUUCAAAGACCAUGGUGGACAAGCUUAAUCUCACCGCCACUCCACACCCCGAGCCAUACAUGAUUCAAUGGUUGAAUCAAAACAAAGGUAUUCCUGUAAACUCUCAAGUUUUACUAUCGUUUUCAAUAGGCAAUAGUUAUAAGGAGAGUCUUUUAUGUGAUGUUAUACCUAUGGAUGCAUGUCAUGUUUUAUUAGGAAGACCUUGGCAAUAUGAUAGAAAAGUUAUGCAUGAUGGCUUUAAAAAUACACAUACUUUUGUUUUAAAUAAGAAAAAGAUCACGUUAGCUCCAUAUGCACCUGGCCAUAAUUCUAAAUUACAAGCAACUUUAACAAAUUUUCAUUCUUUGAUUCCUAUACUUAAAAGUGAACAACAUGAAUUUGUGGAACGAAAAGAAUUGUUAUUGCUAAAUGAUGAAACCGAAUCUGUUUUGCAUGAUCACCCUUUGCUUGUGCCUUUACUUGAACGAGCAUGUUAA